ACUGUUGUGUAUCCGGCAGUGAGCCUCCUCGUCGUUGGUGUAACGAUGGCAAGCGCUGCAGCAAAACAAGGUCCUAAAAUUGUCUCCAAAACAUCUGCGGGAGGCACCGGGGCGGCGGGGGCUAGCGGCGGGCCCCCGAUAAUGCCCCUGGCCUCUCCGCUCAUGGGGAAAAAGAAGAAACCGUUUCUGGGGAUGCCCGCUCCGCUGGGCUACGUCCCCGGUCUGGGCAGAGGUGCAACUGGUUUCACCACCCGAUCUGAUAUCGGGCCUGCUCGUGAUGCCAACGAUCCUGUGGAUGACCGACAUGCACCCCCAGGGAAGAGGACGGUUGGCGACCAAAUGAAAAAAAACCAGGAUGAUGAUGAUGAAGAUUUGAACGAUACAAACUAUGAUGAGUUUAAUGGAUAUGCAGGUAGCUUGUUCUCCAGUGGGCCCUAUGAGAAGGAUGAUGAAGAAGCGGACGCUAUAUAUGCAGCACUGGACAAGAGGAUGGAUGAAAGACGCAAAGAAAGAAGGGAGCUGAGAGAAAAGGAGGAAAUUGAAAAAUACCGUAUGGAGCGACCCAAAAUCCAGCAGCAGUUCUCAGAUCUAAAGAGGAAGUUGGCAGAGGUGUCAGAAGAGGAGUGGCUGAGCAUCCCUGAGGUGGGAGAUGCCAGGAAUAAGCGCCAGAGAAAUCCCCGCUACGAGAAACUAACUCCUGUCCCCGACAGCUUCUUCUCCAAACACCUGCAGACUGGAGAAAACCAUACCACUGUUGACCCUCUGCAAGGGCUGGGAGGUCUGAACACGCCUUAUCCAGGAAGCAUGACCCCUGGCUUGAUGACACCAGGGACGGGAGAACUGGACAUGAGGAAAAUCGGACAGGCCAGGAACACACUUAUGGAUAUGAGGCUCAGCCAGGUGUCUGACUCAGUGAGCGGACAAACAGUGGUGGAUCCUAAGGGUUACCUGACAGAUCUCAACUCAAUGAUCCCCACACAUGGGGGAGACAUCAGUGACAUCAAGAAGGCUCGUCUGCUAUUGAAAUCAGUGAGGGAGACCAAUCCUCAUCACCCUCCUGCCUGGAUUGCCUCUGCCAGGCUGGAGGAGGUGACCGGCAAACUGCAGGUGGCCAGGAACCUGAUCAUGAAAGGCACAGAGAUGUGUGUUAAGAGUGAGGAUGUAUGGCUGGAGGCAGCCAGGCUCCAACCUGGUGACACAGCCAAAGCAGUGGUAGCCCAGGCUGUCCGCCACCUGCCACAGUCUGUCCGCAUCUACAUCAGAGCUGCAGAGCUGGAGACAGAUGUCAGGGCCAAGAAACGAGUCCUCAGGAAGGCCCUGGAGAAUGUGUCCAAGUCAGUUCGACUGUGGAAGACAGCUGUUGAGCUGGAAGAGCCAGAGGAUGCCAGGAUAAUGCUUAGCAGAGCUGUGGAGUGCUGCCCUACUAGUGUGGAGCUGUGGCUGGCUCUGGCACGAUUAGAGACGUACGAGAACGCCCGUCGUGUCCUGAACAAAGCUCGAGAGAACAUCCCCACCGAUCGCCACAUCUGGAUCACUGCUGCCAAGUUGGAGGAGGCCAAUGGCAACACUCAGAUGGUGGAAAAGAUCAUUGACAGAGCCAUCACUUCACUACGUGCCAAUGGCGUGGAGAUCAACAGAGAGCAGUGGAUACAGGAUGCAGAGGAGUGUGACAAAGCAGGCAGUGUGGCUACCUGCCAGGCUGUGAUCAGGGCAGUCAUAGGGAUAGGCAUUGAGGAGGAGGACCGCAAACACACCUGGAUGGAAGAUGCAGACAGUUGUGUGGCUCAUGGAGCGCUGGAGUGUGCCAGGGCCAUCUACGCCCAUGCUCUGCAGGUGUUCCCCAGUAAAAAAAGCGUCUGGCUUAGAGCUGCUUACUUUGAGAAAAAUAACGGUACCAGAGAGUCUUUGGAGGCCCUGCUUCAAAGGGCUGUGGCUCACUGUCCCAAGGCAGAGGUCCUGUGGCUGAUGGGGGCCAAGUCCAAGUGGCUGGCUGAGGACGUGCCUGCAGCUAGAAGUAUCCUCGCUCUGGCUUUCCAGGCUAACCCAAACAGUGAAGAGAUCUGGCUGGCUGCUGUCAAGCUGGAGUCUGAGAAUAAUGAGUAUGAAAGAGCCCGUCGACUGCUGGCCAAGGCCCGCAGCAGUGCUCCAACUGCCCGGGUAUUUAUGAAGUCAGUGAAGUUGGAGUGGGUGUUGGGGAACAUAGAAGCUGCACAGGAGUUGUGCACAGAGGCCCUGAAACACUAUGAGGACUUCCCCAAACUUUGGAUGAUGAGAGGCCAGAUAGAAGAGCAGUGUGAAAACAUGGAUAAGGCCAGGGAGGCCUACAACCAAGGGUUGAAAAAGUGUCCCCACUCGGGGGCUCUGUGGUUGCUGCUGUCUCGUCUUGAAGAGAGAGUGGGCCAGCUGACCAGAGCCAGAGCGAUCCUGGAGAAGGCACGACUCAAGAACCCCCAGAGCCCUGAGCUUUGGUUGGAGUCAGUCAGGCUGGAGUUCCGGGCUGGACUGAAGAACAUCUCCAACACACUGAUGGCCAAAGCCCUGCAGGAGUGCCCCAAUUCAGGUAUCCUGUGGGCUGAGGCAGUGUUUUUGGAGGCCAGGCCCCAGAGGAAGACUAAGAGUGUGGAUGCUUUGAAGAAGUGUGAACAUGAUCCCCAUGUUUUGCUCGCUGUUGCCAAGUUGUUCUGGAGUGAGCGUAAGAUCACCAAAGCCAGAGAGUGGUUCCUAAGGACAGUAAAGAUUGAGCCAGACCUGGGAGAUGCUUGGGCUCUGUUCUACAAGUUUGAGCUGCAGCAUGGCACAGAGGAACAGCAGGAAGAGGUGCGAAAGCGCUGUGAGAAUGCGGAGCCCCGGCAUGGAGAGCUGUGGUGUGCCGAGUCCAAACACGUCCUGAACUGGCAGAAGAAGACAGGAGAGAUCUUAGCGGAGGUAGCCAGCAAGAUCAAGAACACAUUCUGAGACUGAGGAAAUUUACACUAAAAAACACCUUGAGGACUCUGGCAGUCACCAGUCAAGCAGGAAACGGCUACAAACAUGCUCGACUACUGUUCCCUACCAUGACUUGCUCAUCUGUGCCAGAUGCAUAGUAUUGACACACAUUUUUCACGUUUUGUUUUACGCAAUUGAAUCACAGUUUCAAUAUGUACUUAUCAACAGAAAAUAAUGAUUUGAUGUCAAAGUGACAACAAAUCUAUACAAAUUUUAAAUUAAGUACCAAUACAAAAUUCAAAAUCACUGAUUACCCACCUAAGUGAGUAAGUAGUAGCAUCAGUAGGAGGCUUUUGGGGAGCGCAUGGGGGUUUGUCGUGAACUGCAGUUUUCAAGUCUUCAGAUGGAUUGAGGUCUGGACUUUGGCUUUAUGUUUGAGGGAGUUGUUUUGCUGGGAAGUAACUCUUCUCCCAAGUCUAUUACAGAGGAAAUUGUUUUGCUUGCUCUAAAAAUAAAAAAAUCCAGUGCAUCCACUUUUCACUUUUUGAUUACACACUUUUGAUCUCCAUGCAGCACAUGAUGAUAAUGAAAAUUCUGAUACUAAUUGGUUCCACCAAUAAUGAUGUAGGUGUGUCAUAGUAGAGAGGGUUAAAAAGCAGUCAGUUAUUUUAUUUGUACAAAAAUAGUUAGUUUUCACAUUGACAUCAGUCUGGUUUUCUGCUGAUUAGUGUUGAAAUUCAGAAUUCAGCCAUCUUGAUUGUUGUACAAAAUUGUAAAACAAACAUGAAAAGGCAGAAAUUAAUAUGAAUACUUUAAUAGCUGCUGUAAGAGAGAAAUAUAUAAAACACACACAGGUUAACUGACCUCUUUAGGUACCAAAUCUUCAGUUGUCAUUGUCAAAACAUGUAUAAAAAAAGUUUUCUGUCUUGUCCACAUGGAUACGAAAGAGGUUCAGAUUUGGCAUUUCUGUUUAGCUGUGUAUAUAAACAUACUAUUACAUGAUUUCUCAUGUAAGUAAUAAACUUUGUUAUUUUUUUUUUUUUUUUUACAUAGCCUGCUUGAUUUGUGUUGAAUACCUUACAGGCAUCCAAUAAACAAAUAACAAAC